AAUAGAAAUAGGUAGAAAAUGUCCUUGAAAGACUUUUAGAUUUUGUAAGAACUAGGUAAAAUUUGUAAUGAUGUUAGGUGAGGGAGCAUAUUCGAAAGUGUAUAAAGUAAGAAGAAUAGCAGAUGGUUUCGAAUACGCUUUAAAGAAAGUGAAACUACAAUCAUUAUCAGACAAAGAGAAAUAAAACGCAUUGAAUGAAGUUAGAAUAUUAGCUAGUGUCAGACACGCCAAUGUAAUUUAGUAUAAGGAGGCAUUUUUAGAAGAAUCUACUCAGAGUUUGUGGUAUAACCUAUUGUUUCUAAAUAGUAUUGUAAUGGAGUACGCAGAUGAUGGAGAUUUAUUCUAAAAGAUUGUUGAGUGCUAGAAAAAAGGAAUGCUGAUGGCUGAAAAGGACAUUUGGAACUACUUUACAUAAGUAAUUCAUCCAUCUACUUUAAGAUAGUUAAGGGAUUGAAGGCAUUGCACGAUAUGAAGAUAUAUCAUCGAGACUUGAAAUCAGCUAAUGUCUUCAUGAAUGUAGAUGGAACUGUUAAAUUGGGAGAUAUGAAUGUAUCUAAAGUGGCUAAAAAAAUACUAUUAUACACUUAAACCGGAACCCCUUAUUAUGCAUCUCCUGAGGUGUGGAAGGAUCAGCCUUAUGAUUCCAAAUCCGAUAUCUGGUCAUUAGGUUGUGUUCUUUAUGAGAUGACAACAUUAAAACCUCCAUUCAGAGCAGAAGAUAUGAACGGUCUUUACAAGAAAGUUGUUAGAGGCUAUUAUCCAAAAAUACCAACUAUAUAUAGUUAAGAUCUAAGCAAUGUUAUUAGAGCUUUACUCUAAGUCUAACCUCAUUUGAGACCAUCUUGUGAUAAAAUCUUACAACUAUCAGCAGUUAUCAAUAGAAUGGAUGAUAAGGUUCUGAUUGAAGAAGAAGGGGCCAAAUUCUUAUUAUAGACUAUUCGAGUCCCCAGAGUCAUGCAUUAUCUAACUGAUAGAUUACCUAAGCCUAAUUAUGCACCUGUAAAAAUGAUGAGAAUUGAUAAGAAUCAGUUCAUUCAAACUUUGGCUGUUUAAAAAUCAAGCUAAGAUAAUGUUGAGGAUCCUUUAACCAAUUCAAACGUUGAACAUUUGCCUAGGAUUGGUCGUAGAGUAGAUGAUUCUUAGAUCUAAUCAUAUGAUGCUUCAUCUGUUAUUAGUAAAAAAUAGAAUAAAGUUGAUGAAUCGUACAUUUUACCUAAACCUUCAUUAGAAAUAGCAUCGUAGGGUUCUAAAAACAGUGAGAAACUCAAUCUCAUUCACUAGAUUUAUGCUGGCAAUCCUGUUAAAGUUGUUAAGAAAACAAAAAAACCUAUGAAACCAGAAAUUCAGAUACUAUAAUAAAAGCUAGUAUAGAAGAAACUAGAUAUCGAAGGUGAACCAAAGCCUUUACUAAUUAAAAAGUAUAUCAUACCUUAUAAUCUAAAGUGUUAAACAUCAAUAAGAGGAAAAAUCUCCAUCUCCAUUUUUGCCUGCUCUUCCUGCUAUUUCUAAAGAGAAAAGAAUCAUGAAAGACAACAAUGAGGAUGAACAAUUAAAAAGGAUUAAACAGACUGAGGAAUAAAUAUAAAUGCUAAAAGAAAAAUAAUUAAAAUAAAAAAGAAAAUAUUAACUUAGAAAUUCAGAGAAAUGA